UUCUAUGUGGCCACUGAAGCCAUCCUCACUGCAUUGGUGGGCGCAACUCCUCCCUACCACUGGGAUCUCCAGGAGCUCUCAGCUAAUCAGAGCCAUAGCAACCAGUCAGCGAGUGCACAGAGGGCUUUUGGGGAAUGGCUUCUCACUGCCAAUGGCAGCGAGGUGCAUGAGCACGUACACUUCAACAGCAGCUUCACAUCGAUAGUCUCUGAGUGGUUUUUAAUUGGCAACACAUCGUACAAAGUCAGUGCUGCCAGUUCUUUCUACUUCAGUGGUGUGUUUGUUGGAGCAAUCUCCUUUGGCCAGCUCUCAGAUCGUUUUGGAAGGAAGAAGGUCUAUCUCACAGGUUUUGCUCUUGACAUCUUGUUUGCCAUUGCAAAUGGAUUCUCACCCUCGUAUGAAUUCUUUGCCAUCUCUCGCUUCUUGGUAGGCGUGAUGAAUGGUGGGAUGUCACUGGUGGCCUUUGUUCUACUGAAUGAGUGUGUGGGUACUGCCUACUGGGCGUUGGCAGGAUCUAUUGGUGGCUUGUUCUUUGCUGUGGGAAUUGCCCAGUAUGCUUUAUUAGGGUACUUCAUUCGUUCCUGGAGGACUCUGGCUGUUGUGGUUAACCUGGAAGGAACAAUCGUCUUUCUUCUUUCUCUAUUCAUUCCAGAAUCCCCUCGCUGGCUCUACUCACAAGGCCGGCUGAAUGAAGCAGAAGAUGCCCUCUACCUCAUUGCGAAGAGGAACCGCAAGCAGAAGUGCACUUUUUCAUUAAAACUCCCAGCAGAGAGGAGCUCCAGAGAGGCUGGCAGCUUCUUGGAUCUGUUCCGAUACAAGAUUCUCUUGGGACGCACCUUGAUCAUGAUGUUUACCUGGUUUGUAUGCAGCUUGGUUUACUAUGGUCUUACUCUUAAUGUGGGUGACCUAGGUGGAAAUAUUUAUGCCAAUUUAGCCCUUUCAGGGUUGAUAGAAAUCCCAGCGUACCCAAUCUGUAUUUACCUGAUCAAUCAAAAAUGGUUUGGUCGGAAGCGAACACUGAGUGCAUUUCUCUUCCUGGGAGGAUUGGCUUGUCUUAUUGUCAUGUUUCUUCCUAAAAAGAAAG